UUUGGAUCCUUUCAAACUUAGAUCGCUUCAACCUUCGACGUCAGAGCAAGCCAGCUGAUCCAGAUUAGAGACUGGAAAUGAAGAACUUUGGAGAAAUACUGCUAAUACUUGUCACUUCUCUUGCUCUGCUAAAUGGCUGGAGCGCUGAAACUUCUCAUGCAAUUUCUGAUACCAGUGGUAAUGAAACUUUAGUGAAUCCUACAUUUGUUAAGGAUAAAAGUGCAGUUUGCUUAGCUGGAAAUCCGGCAGCAUACUACUACUCGAAAGGGUUCGGUGAGGGCGCUAAUAAUUGGAUUGUGUAUCUUCGUGAGGGAGGAUGGUGUAUGAGUUUCACUGACUGCCAGGAUUACAUUGUACGAAAAGGUGGUAGCACCAAACCCAAACCUGUAGCUUUUGGAAAUCUUUUAAGCAACCAAAAAGAAAAAAAUCCAGACUUCUUUAACUGGAACAGAGUUGAUCUUAGAUAUUGCGAUGGAUCAUCGUUUACUGGAAAUUCUGAAAUAUUUAAAAAUCGUACAAAACUUUAUUUUAGAGGAGCAAAAAUUUUCAACGCUAUAAUUCAGGAGCUAUUAGACAAUGGAAUGGGAAGUGCACAAAAUGCUCUUUUAGCCGGUAGUUCAGCUGGUGGAGUGGCAACCGCGAUUUAUUGUGACAGAUUUCGACGCCAUUUUUCUAACACUUCUCGAGUAAAGUGUCUUUCAGAUGGUGGAUAUUUUUUCCUAUCGAAAAAGCACCAUCAAGAAAACACAUUUCUGUCCAUGUUUGAUGGUUUGAUCAAAUUACAUGGAUCGAAAAAUGCAUUGCCUACGUCUUGCACUUCGAGAUUAAGUCCAGAAAUGUGUUUCUUCCCGCAAAAUUUGCAAGCUGACAUUCGGACACCCAUCUUUAUUUUAAUGUCCGCGUUUGAUAGUAUUCAGAUCCGGUAUACAAUGGCAUCAAAAGAAUUUGAUGUAUGUGCUCUAGGGAGGAACUGUUCUUCGAAUCAAAUUAAAAUCAUGCAAGAUCUUAGGGCUGAGCUCUUGUCUGUUUUGCCUGACCACCACAAUUCAAAAAAAGGGAUCUUGAUUACCUCUCAGUAUGCUCAUACUCAAGCUUUAAGCCCUUCUUGGAAUUCUCAAGCAGCCGGAACUGGAGAGACUAUUGAAAAGUUGUUCAGAGAAUGGUAUUUUGAUAUCAAGGCUGUUCAAGUUAUUGAUAAGAAUCAGUGCCCAUAUUAUCAUUGCUCAUCAAAAUAGGUUUGAGGAAAAAAACAAGCUAUGGGUUUGUAAAUAUUUGUUGAAGAGUACUUGAAAGCUUUAAACAAUGGGUUUGUAAAUAUUUAAUUUGUUGAAGAGUAAUUGAAAACUUU